AUGGGGGCUGCCCUGCCCUGCCCCAGCCUCCUGACGCGGCCUCCUCCGGCUGUAGCUGAGUCAGCCGGGAAGGCACGUCUGCGGGAACAGGAAAGAGUCAGGGUGCUGCGGCACUGGUCCCGGCACCUGGAGGAGGAACAGCAGACGGCCCUAGCUGCCUUGUCCAGGCAGCUCGAAGCCAUCACCGAUGUGGAAGAGCUGAAAAAACUGCUGCGGGCAGCGGGUGAGUACGAGGAGCGCAAGCUGAUCCGAGCUGCCAUCCGCAAACUGCGGGCUGAGGAGAUCGAAGCCGCAACCCUGGCUGGGAACGCACAGAGCAGCCGGAGGGAUGGCAGUGAGCCCCCCACUGUCCCUGGGGAUGUGAAAAGCAGCCGGAGGGAUGAUGAUGAAACGCCAGCCCUGGCUAGGAGCAGGAAGAGCAGCCAGCAGGAUGACACCGAGCUGCCAGCCCUGGAUGGGAGCAGGGAGAGCCACGGUGAGGGCAGCGCCAAGCCCCUGGCCACAGCUAGGAGCGGGGAGAGCAGCCAGCAGGAUGAUGCAGAGCAGCUGGUGCCGGCUGGGCCAGAGGAGAGCAGCUGCAGCAGGGCUGCAGAGCAGCCCCCUGCCCAGGAGCCCGAAGUGGCCCAUGAGCGAGACAGCACAGUGGAGCAGGGACAGGUCCCGGCUGGGAUGCAGGAGCUGUGCAGCCGGCAAGCAGGAGACCCCCAGAAACCCAGUGCCCAGGUUGUGGUCUCGGGGACCCUUGUCCUCCUGGAGCUGCAGCCAGCACCGGAGCCCAGUCUGGAGCCCAAAGAUGGUGGCAAGGAGCCGGAGCAGGACCAGCCCAAGGGGCAGCACCAGGCAACAUGGAAGGAAGGGAGCCCAGGCAGCCCUGCCACCACCCAGGAGCCCAGUGGGGAGCAAAGCCACCAGGUGGACCAGCGACCCCUGGGCCAGCCCAGUGCUGGCAGCCAGCUCGGUGUUGGGGUGCGCAGCCAGGUGCUGGGGCCAGCUGGGAGGCACGGGGAGCCGGCAGCAGUGCCCACCCAGGAUGUAGCAGGGACCCCAGCUCGCCUGAACACUCACCGGUGGGAGCAAGCGCCCUCUUCCCCGCGCCCGUCUGGCCGCACAGAGGUGACCCUGGGGCUGCGGAGCACCCCCAUCCGCAUCACCACCAUCCCCAGCAGCGGCAGCGGUGUCUGCAGCAUCAGCAGUGUCAGCAGCAAUGUCACCAAGAUGGAGCCAGAGGUGGUGGAGAAGCCCCAGGCGCUGAGGCUGGAGCCAGAGCUGCCCAAUGGCAUGGAGAAGGUCCAAGUGAGGGAGCUGGAGAGAAAGAGCAAGCUGAACGUCGAGGAGCUGAACAGGAUUGAGGAUGAGGAUGUCCUGGAUAAGAUGCUGGAUCGGACGACAGACUUUGAGGAGCGACGACUGAUACGAAACGCUAUGCGGGAGCUGCGCCAGCGCAAGCGAGACCAGCGGGAGAAGGAGCGGGACCAGCGGCUGCAGGAGGCAAGGAGCCAGGCUACAGCAGGGAGGGCUGGCCACACCACAGAGACCACCACCACGCAGAGCACCCAGUCAGCCGACGGCUCGGCACGCAGCACCGUCACCAAGACCGAGCGUCUCGUCCAGUCUAAUGAUGGCACCAAGACCUCCCGUACAACACCCACGGAGCCGAGGGAUGUUCCUCUCUCUGCAGAUGGCAACAGCACAUUCGUUCAAACCAAAUCAUCAUACAGCUCCUCAUCCAAGAAGGCAGGCAGCAUCUUUGACCGUGAAGACGAAAGUGCCUCCAGGCAGAGCAGCCUGGCUGCACUGGAGCGGCGCCAGGCUGAGAAGAAGAAGGAAUUGAUGAAAGCUCAGAGCCUGCCCAAGACGUCGGCCUCACAGGCUCGCAAGGCCAUGAUGGAGAAGCUGCAGAAGGAGGGUGGGAGCUCACCAAACCCCGCGGCAGUACGCACUGCCGUGCAGCGCUCCUCCAGCUUCGGGGUGCCCAACGCCAACAGCAUCAAGCAGAUGUUGCUGGACUGGUGCAGAGCCAAGACCCGGGGCUACGAGCAUGUGGACAUCCAGAACUUCUCAUCUAGCUGGAGCGACGGCAUGGCCUUCUGCGCUUUGGUCCACAACUUCUUCCCCGAGGCGUUUGACUACAGCCAGCUGAAGCCCCAGGACCGACGCCACAACUUCGAGGUGGCCUUCUCCUCUGCAGAGAAGCACGCGGACUGUCCGCAGUUGCUGGACGUGGAGGACAUGGUCCGGAUGCGCGAGCCGGAUUGGAAGACGCUGGUGGACUGCGUGCCCCUGGUGGAGGUGGAAGACAUGAUGAUCAUGGGGAAGAAGCCAGACUCGAAGUGUGUCUUCACCUACGUGCAGUCCCUCUACAACCACCUGCGUCGCCAUGAGUUGCGCAUGCGGCAGAAAGAGUGCUAAGAGCCUGCCCUGCCCACCUCCCCACUGUCCCCUGCCCUCAGGGCUGCCGGCGGGCAGGGGGGCUGCCUGCCCCAGGAGGGCCCGGGGGUGCCACAGGACCGGUGCUGGGGAGGGGGGCUCCGCCACUGGGGCAACCCCAU